GCUAUGAAACGUUUUUCGUCAAACGCAUUGAUAACAUUGUACUCGGAACAUAAACACUUAAAAUAGAAACUAACUAGAACUUUUAUGUACACACUUCAUUAUUGCUUUUUCCAGAACUGUUACAACAACUUCGAUACAUGAAAUAAUGGUUGGGCUUUGUUUAGUUUUAGACGAACUAUGUUAUAUAACUCAUAGUGACUUUGAUACGCAAGUAACUUACAGAUUUUUAAAUUAAGUGGAUUGCGUGCGGUCUGUUUUUAAGGAGUUUUCUAUAGGGAAUAUUUAAGAAAAAAAAGGUUUUAAUAAAUUUCGACUAUGUCAAUUAAUUAACCGGGUUAUUUGUAUAAAUUACAAGGUAUUUUUUUAAAUUUUAAUUCUUUUUUUCUAUGAGUAAAAGCCAUUUUUGUUCAUUUUAGACCAAAAAGCCAGACAAAAUUUCGACUACAUUCGAAUUUUUUGGCUACUUUACUAUGUUAUGUAGAAAGACGAUUUUCAUUUAAAAAUUUCAGUUUCUUGUCAGACUACCUAAUUAGUAUCAUGCACAAUUUUCAAAUUUAUCAUUUUAAACUUUUUUCUCAUAGCUUUAGUGUGAUUUUUCAAUAUUGUUAUAACAGUUGUUAGUCAUCUUUUUCAAUAAUUUAGUCCACUAAAAAUAGUCCUAACGAUUUCAUCAUUUAAAAAUAUAUUACGUUUUUUUAGAUUUUUCUCCAUUAAUUUUGUUCAUGGUUUAAAAUAGACCGUAAUCCGUAUGAGGUAAAGUGUUUAGGAUCUGGGACAAUAAGCCAAUAAUAUUGUCUGCCCUUUUUUGCACUGUGGAAAAAAUUAAAGCGAUCAUAGUGCUAUAAUAAGUGUAUCGGUAUUUUCGAUUAAAUCACUUGGUGUUCCGUUUUAUUGUAUAGCAGGAGGUCGCAAGAAGUAAAAUGUUAUGAAUGUCCAAUAGCCAAAAUCGAGUCGGUCAACCAUAAGCAAAUGUAUGGCAUGUACUUGCUGCGCAAAGCAGAUCUGGAGCUACAGGGUGAUGUAGAAGAACGACUGCUGUACCACGUGACCAGCCAAACCAACGCAUUGGCAUCGAUGGAUAGCGGUCUGGACUGGCGAAGGACGAAAAGGGCAAAAUUCGGCAAAGGCGUUUCGUUCAGUGACGAUGCGAAUUAUGCCAACUUUUAUGCGGACAACAGAGGACCAGACAGCCGUGCCAUCCUGGUGUGCUCUGUGUUGAUAGGCCGGUCGCAUCGGCUGCCACCUUUGAGGAACAAAAACGCCGUACACAACAUCAAGUGCCCGCCGGCCGGAUGCGACACGACGGUGAGCUCUUCGAAACGGGUGUACGUUAAGUACAACGACUUCGAGUUCUAUCCCAAGUACAUAGUGUACUACGUGAAGCCGGAUCUGAACCAAAGUAGGCUGUUGAAGGAACAAAGGCACAACGCGCAAGUCCGGCAAAUUUCGGCGACGGAAUUCCGAAAACCGACCACAUCGGCUCCGGUCGUUCGCACGCAUUCGGUUUACCACAUCAAGGCCCAACCUGUCCUGCCCUCGAGCGCACACACCGCCUAUCCACAAAAUAUGUCUACCGGCCAUCGAAACACAGUGACCACCCCUAUCUACAGGGACACGGAGCAUCACGUGCCGUUCUACACACGGACCGUCGUACGUCCGACGCCUCCCGAACGUCCUCCGUUAAACAACAACUCGUGUUUUAUACUUUGAAAUGGACAAGUCAAAAUUGUUUUCUUAAACAAGAGGCGCUCAGAAGCCAAACCGAUUAACUCCCUAAAAAUGCAAUUUUUUAGCACAGGCAGUUAAAGUUAUUUGAAACAAUGCAUUUGUAAGCACAGUUGCCAAUUUUCUCAGCGCACUCUAGUGGUGAAAAAUUAAACUUCGGAGUUAUUUAUCUUGGCCACUGAAAAUUAUACACUUUUUUAAUCCGACCAUGCUACUAUUCGCAAUUUGAAAAAAAGUGGACUUGAUCGAUUUGGCAUCCGAGCGCCUCAAAUAUCGUACGAACCGGAGAUGGAUAGGCUGAAUGUUUGUUGCAAGGAAAACUUAUAAAAAGGGCCUAAAGCUAAUUAUGAGUACCAGGGACCGACUCGUGGAAAACUUGACUCCGCGCAUUAAUUUUUAUUGCCAUGCGCAAAAUGUAUCCAUUUUUCUUAUUUUUAUUAUGCACGUUAAUACUUUUUUUAAAAAUUAAACUAAAAUUUUAAAAUACAUUUUUUUUUAUUGAACCUUAUAAAAUGUAGAUAAUCGAUUAAAAAUAAUUAUACAAAUUGUAAAUCCUUAGUAAAUAUAAGUAUCAAUUUUCGUGAAUAAUACGAUAAAAAUUCAUAGAUUAGCUAUUUUUUCGUUUCUCUUUAUGUUUUUGAACCAAAGGAAAUUUUUAAAAUUAUUAUUAAUUAGUUAUUAGUAAGUAUUAAAAUUAGCCAAGGGUUCUUGAGUAUAUUGUUUUCAUGUGUUGAUUAGCGAACACUGUAUAAUAAAAUAAUAUAAAAAAAGCCUUCCAGAGUUUGCCUGUCCGCCUAUGAUACAAAUGACAACCGUUUUAAAAACAUAUUAUACUAUAAUAUUUAAUUUCUUUGAUGUGAUUUUUAUACUAUUCUCAUAUAUUUUUAUACUUUGCUUAUAUAUCAUAAGUCAUAACUCAUAACGACAUAUAAUGCAACACCGUCUCCGGUUACAGGGAUAUCACCUAGUAACUGUAUAUUUACAUAUAAGGUAAGAACGAUGGCAAGUUCGUUAAAUCCAAAGAAAAGUAUAAUAGGUUGUGAAAAAAAGAAAAGAGUAGUAUUCGAUUUAAAGAAAAUAAAUAAUGACCCCAGAAAUGAAAAGUGUAUAAUAUAGAAAUCAUUUGAAAGAACAAGUAAAUUGGUUAGCAGCAAAGAUUCUUAAGUAUAUUAGUAGGUUGGUAUAUUUGAUAAACUUAAAUGGAAAUAUUAGAGUAGAUCAUGAAAUUCAAUUGAGAUAUCCUAGGGCUAAAGAUGUCAUGGGUAUUAAUUAUUGAACAAAAGUUACCUGUUAAAAUAGAAAAAGGAAACAAAAAGAGGGAACAGAGGACAGAUUAGAGGUUAAACGAUCAGAGAGAAAAAGAAAAAAACCAAAACAAUUUAUGGUAGAUUAAGAAUUAUUGUAUUUAUAUUUUGGAUCGUUGUAUUAAUUAUGCAUGUAAAUAUGUAUUUUAUUAUUAUGUUUUGUUUUGGAUUACAAAAUAUUAUAAAUAUUUGAAUCCAUAUCAGGUCUGUAGGUUCAUUAGGACCAACGGUGACAAAUCACUUCCAGUUAGAUGGUGAAAUGGUUUUUUUUUUUAUAACAUUAAUGUAAUUAUUUCCACUGUUAUUUACUGUCCAUCUAUGUUAUUGCGACUACCAUAUUUGUAUUAUUCAAAAACCACAAAAAAAUUCUAAAUUUAGUACGAAGCUAAGAUUUUAAAAAGACUAAAUCAAUAAACGUUAAAUAAAUUGCAACUGUACAGUUUCAAAACGAAGCAUUUUUCCACAAGCAUUAAGCAUAGUUAUAAUAAAACAUAUUACAUAAUAUCUGGUUCACAUCACAAAU